AUGGAUUGGAACGGUAAUCUCCGACUGCCUUUCGCUUCUCGCCCGGAAGCUUCUUUCGGCUUUCUCUACAACUAUAAUAACUAUGAUCAGUUUCAAGGUUUUGAUCAUACAAAGCAGCCAUUAAUGCCGAGCUCGGCUCAGCAGGCAAUGUUACCGACCGGCAUGCUCGACCAGAAAAACAUCAACAACAACGGCAACAAUAUGAACCUUAUUUACGGGCAGGACCCGAAGAAAAAACGGCUAAGCACCGAGCAGCUGGAAUCGCUCGAGAACAGCUUCCAGGAAGAGAUUAAGCUCGAUCCGGACCGGAAAAUGAAGCUGGCUAAGGAGCUCGGGCUGCAGCCACGUCAGAUCGCGGUCUGGUUCCAGAACAGGCGGGCCCGCUGGAAGGGAAAGCAGCUCGAGCGCUUGUACGACGCGCUUAAGCAGGAGUACGAUGCCGUGUCCAGGGAAAAGCACAACCUCCAGCAGGAGGUUUUGGCUCUAAGGGCAAUACUCAAAGAUCAAGUGGCCAAAAAACAAGUCUCGACCAACUACACGGAGGUUUCCGGAGAGGAGACGGUCGAGAGCACGUCAAUGCCGAGCUCCGACAAGACACGUGGGCCCGGGAACGUGAACGAGAUCGGAGAAUGCAGCUACGUUCUUAACGUGGAAGACUACAAUCCGGUCAUGAUGACUCCAUACAGUUGGGCAAAUCUGCCAUAG